AUCGAUACAAAAGAAAAUCUCAAAAUAUUACUAAACUCUGAGCGUCUCUUAUCAAAAGAUUUAUUUACCUUUAAAAUAUAUCAGUUUUAAGUUAGAGCUCAAAGUACGUGAAAUAUUUGAUAUUUCGAAAGCUAUUUAAUUUCUUUAGAUGAAAUCCAAUUCUACUUGGUGAAAGUUAAGAAGACUAAAUAAAAUUGCUUUCGGGUUUACAUAUAUCUCCGCAAUCCUCCUAUGGGUGCAUUUACCAGUCGUCAGAAUGGCGCAGUUGAGGAGGCAGAUCAGCGUAAUUCAACUCAUGCCUACAAAUAUCCACCGCGUUCAGGUAACUUCUUCGGCACCCACUUUAUUAUGGGCGGAGAGCGCUUCGAUACACCCCAGCCCGAGUCCUAUUUGUUUGGUGAAAAUGCUGACCUGAAUUUUCUUGGUAGUCGGCCUACAGCAUUUCCUUACCCUCCCCCACAAGCAAGUGAGCCAACAAAAACAUUGAAAAGUCUGGUAAACAUACGAAAAGAAUCUGUGCGUUUUCUACGAGUUUCGUCUGAAAAGCAAGAAAUAGUGACUGCUAAUACUACAAAUCUUGAUGGCAUCGAUGGUAAUGUACUUACCAGUGAAAUAGGUGGUAGCGGAGAUGGUGCUUUGCAAUAUGGUUCAUUUUCAUAUAAUAUCGAAUUCACAUUCGACUCCGAUGCAAAGUGCGCUAUCACUAUAUAUUAUUUCUGCACUGAGGAAGUUAGUCCAAGUGGAGUAACACUUGUACCACGAGAUGGGUUAACUUCCGAAACUUAUCACUAUGGCAAAGGCAUAAAUCAAUUUUUCUCGCAGUCAAGCCAUGUGUUUAAUCCGCAAUUAAUUCCUGAAGAUGAUUUGGUCUACAACCCGACAAAAGAACAGUAUCCGGUCGCUAUACAUUGUGUAGUCGAAGAAGGCAACGAAGAUUGUCGACAAUCGCAUACAACUAUUUGUGUUAUUGAUCAUCAUCCAGAAACCAAUAGCUACGUUUUGCGGGCCCUGAAACAGAAAAUAUUUGUUGAUGGUCUGUGUUAUCUGUUGCAAGAAAUAUAUGGCAUCGAAAAUAAAGCUGUGAACAAGAGCUCCAUCGAUGAGGAUAUUGAUGAUCACGGCAGCGAAUGUGUUAUUUGUAUGAGUGAAACUAGAGACACUCUUAUAUUACCUUGUCGACAUCUGUGCCUAUGCAACUCAUGUGCAGAUUCUCUGCGUUAUCAGGCAAAUAAUUGUCCCAUUUGCCGAGCACCUUUCCGUGCACUUCUCCAAAUACGCGCUGUCCAAAAAGGAGUCAGUUCUCAUGCUUUACUCCAAAACACGCCUACGUCGGCUCCAGGAGAAACAGCACCUUGUGAUCAACAUAUACCACCAGGUUAUAUACCAGUAUCACUCAUAGAAGCACUCAAUGGACCGCCACAAUUUGUUUGUAGACCUCGAACGAAUGAUGGUGACAUGAUUGACGGUGUACCUCAUACCGCUGUAUCCGUCGCAGAUAAUCAUAAAGCAACAUCUCCAUUAAAACCAAACCAACGUCGAACUAAGAUAAAAAAAAAUGCCUCGACUUCAACAAAUACCAGUGAAAUAGGAACAAUCACAGCGACUAGCAAUGCUAAUAAUCAAGCGCUCUCUGUAGUGGAAAUAACAAACGAAAUUAAGGUAAACACUUCAGCUGGCGAAGGAUUAGGUUCUACAGCGACACAAAAGAAAUCUCUUGCUACGGAGAAAACAGAAACACCCCAUAAUAAUGCCAACCAUACGCAAGAUAAAUUGCCAAUUGAAAGCGAACGUUCUAGUUUAAAGAUGCCAAAAAUCAAACGCACUUCCAAUACAAAUAGUGCAAACUCAUCAUCAUCACAAAAUGAUCUGGACGACGACGAUAGUGAAAAUGAAAAAUUAUCACCCCUUCUGUCCCCUGGUACUAAGCCGAUAAAAGCAACAAAUGCUGCGCGGAGUAAAGAAGCAGUUGUUGUUACCAAUGACAGUGAUAACGAUGUAGUUGAUAGCUUAGAGAUGAAAGCUGUAGUUUCAAUGAAAAAGAGCACAUCCGGCAGUAAUGCCGAGUCUGUAGCUGGUGGCAAUGCAGACGACUCAGAUUAUUACACACCAGAAGACACGCAGAACUCGAUAUUGAGUCCAUUAUGUCCCGAUCGAGAAAGAGAACGCUCAAAGAGCGGCGACAAGUUAGGUAGUUUGAAAAGUAACGUUGGCAGUUUUAAAGGCGCCAAUAACUUAGCUAAAAAGAAUCUUCAUAAGAAAUCUACGUCGGUGGGAAAUAUAAUUGGGCCGGGAAGUAGUGCAUCAGUAAACUGUGGAAUAGCUGGCAACAUAGUUGGUGAUAUUAAAACGAACGUGAGCUCUCUGCCAGACAUGUUAGAUAACCCAAUAAACGGCAAUACGGCAUCUACCCGCAGUUCUAGUGACAGCUAUUCAUCUAGUUCGUCCACCAAACAGCUACUAAGUUCCAAUCCGGCUAAUGUGACAGCUAAUAUCAUAGUUGAUGACAAGGUUGCUCUUCAAAAUGCAGUAAAUGUUUAAGGAUAAUACGUACGAGUGCAUACGCUGUGGUGGUACAAACAUGUUUGCAAAAAAUCGUGAAGGGUAAACGUUGGGAAAAAAUUUGCUUUGAAAUCAUUUAAUGCUGCAGUUAGAUUUUCGAUAUACGAGGUGUGUUCACAAAAAAAGGUGAAUUGUUUUUUUCCAAAAGUACUUAUUUAUUCAUCAAAAUCUAUUUUGUCACUUUCAAAUUUAUCCCCAUUGGAUAUGAUGCACUUGUGCGAACGCUUUUUCCAAUCUUCGAAGCACUUCUGAAAUGCGCUUUUCUGUAUGGCCUCUUUCUUCGUUUCUGACUUGAAAUCAUCAAUUGUCUCAAAAGUCUCAUUUCAUUGGUUUCUCAGUUUUAAGAAUAGUAAAAAGUCGCACGGUGGUUGAGGCAUGAUUACGAUUUUGUUUUUGGCCAAAAAUUCACAGAUAAGCAUUGAUGUGUGAGCUGGUGCAUUACCGUGAUGCAGAACCCAAAAUUAGUUUUUCCACUAUUCCGAACCGUGUUGCUUCACUCAAACGUUGUAUAUCUUCUUUGUAGUAUUCAUUAUUAACUGUACCACCUGAAGCACCACACCAUUGUAAUCAAAGAAAACAGUGACCAAAAUCUGCGCAUUUGAUUGACACUAUGGUGUGCCUUUUUCGGUAUGGGCUCAUCUGCCAGCUUAAAUUGGACUGAUUCGGGUUUGGUUUCGACGAUCAAGGGAGCCGGAAAGGGAAUACGCAAACAAAUCAGAUGUCAAAUAUCUGAUAUGGACCAGAAGACGAUAAAUUCCUUUGCAAACAAUAAACACUUCAGCAGUAUCACUUCGCUGAUAAUUUGAGAAUUGCUAAUCAUCGAAAUUGGCUCCUAAUGCAAGCACAUGAUAUACAUACAUAUGUGUCCCAUUAUAACAAAAACAAAAUAUCGAUAUUUGAAUGUCACAGUCCGCUAAAAAUCAGAAUUUAUCUUUUCUUUUGAACUCACCUCGUAUGACGCAAUAUUUAUUAUGCUCGUAAAUAGAUGUUUUAAGUUAUUUUACGAAUCACUAUAAAAUUCGCAAAAACUUAUUCUUUUUGAAUUAAAAAUUGCAUCCGAAGAAAAGUUCAAAUUUAUUUCAGCAUUAAAGUAAUUUCUCGGCGUUUCAUACUAUUAAUCAACAAUCAAUAAAUAUAUUAUGAAAUUACAUUAUAAAUAGUAUAAUAAUGAUAAACUAAAAAUAUAAAUAUAGAAAAUGUAUUCUGGAGAUGGGGAUUUGAAAAAAGUUUAUAUUUUCGUUUGGGGAAAGCUGGAAUAUGAAUUGGUGUUUGGUUCGCCGUAGGUUAAAAAUGUUUCAAUUGUUUAAUUGAAUAAAUUUAACUGCAGUUUA